AUGGCAACAGUAACAGUGGCCACAGAGCUUCCCUCAGGGGAGGGGACAGAAGAAAAUUCAGCCUCGUAUGAGUCCACAUCAGCUCACAUAAUUGAAGAAACCGAAUAUGUGAAAACAAUUCGAACUACUCUGGAAAAGAUCCGAAACCAAAUGUUUAAAGAUGAAGGACAUAGUGGCACAAAGCACACACUUGAUACAACGGGCGGUGGACACAUUCGAAACGGCUCCGCCUCUGACAUGGCCCCCUCCUCGUGCUGCAGUCUGGAUCUGCUCAUGGAAAGAAUGAGAGGCAAAGACCUGCAGCUCUUAGACAUGAGCAAAGAGAAGGAAGUGUUGAAAAUGAAGCUGGAAGCUUCCAGAGAAGCAGGAGCAGCGGCCCUGAGAGACAUGGCCCAGAGAUUAUUUGACACGUACCAGACUCGGGCUGAAGAAGUCAGCAAGCAGCACGAGGACAGCAAACACUUCCUCCAGGUGAACAAACUUGAAAAAGAACAGGAACUGAAACAGCAGGUUGAAAAUCUAAAUCAAGUUGCUGAGAAACUUGAAGAAAAGCAUAAUCAAAUCAUAGCGCUGGAGAACCUCGUGCAGAGAAUGGAACAGGAAAAAAGAACACUGCUAGAAAGAAAACUGUCUUUGGAAAACAAGCUGCUGCAACUCAAACCCAACACUACACGUGCUAAAAGCGUCCAGGGUCUUCAGAUGGAGAUUUCCCUGCUCCAGGAGCAGAUCUCUCACCUGCAGCUCGUGAUCCACUCCCAGCAGCAGAACCUGCGCAGAGUCAUCCAGGAGAUGGAAGGAUUAAAAAAUAAUUUAAAAGAACAAGAUAAAAAAAUUGAAGAUCUGAAAGAAAAAGUUAACAUACUUGAAGCCCAGAACAAAGAACUAAAAACCAAGGUUGCACGUUGGGCUGAAACUCCUAGGACAAUGGUCUCGAAGGCCGUCGCUACAAGUGAACUGAAGACGGAAGCCUCGACCCCCUAUGUGAUGCUGGUUAGGCUACGGAGAUGAGCUGGCUGGCUGAAGAUCUGAAUGCCAAAGACCCCUUUGUGGAUCUUAUGAAUUCCUUGAGACACAGGCUAAACUUCAUGUUAAAAUGGCUCAAUGCCAGUAUUUAAUGGAAAUCAUCAUACAUCUACAGCUUUGCAAGAAGAUGACAUUCCAGAAAAUCAAACAAACAUAUGUCUGAAGGAAGGAACUCUUUCUUCAAAACUUCAUGGGUAAAGAAACCAGGAGCUUCCCCACGAUGGAAUAUGUAUUCUGCUUUAAAGUUUUAAAAAACCUGAACCUUUUUUGCAGGUUUCUGCUGAAGGGAGUGAUUUAAGGUUGUCAACUUUGACCUUUGAUAGUGGUUUUUAUUUACAUGAGUAGAAGAA